AUGAAAAAGAUUAUUUUAAUUUUUUUAAUUUUAAUUAUAUUUAAUAUUCAAUUAUUUUAUUGUCAGCCCAUGUGUUUACAAGGAGGAAAAGAUAUUGGAUUGAACGAUAAAAUAAGAAAAUGGUACAUUUACCAGUUACCUGAAGAAGGUGGAAUUUAUUAUUGGAAUAGUUUCUCUGAUACCAUAACUGAAAAAAUAGGAAUUGAAUAUUCAUUAAGAUAUGAUAGUGAAUCAGCGUUUUUAUUAACAUUCAACCAAAUGGAAAACCCAGAUUAUAAUUAUGUUACCUACAAUGAUCAUCCAGAUGAAACAAGAGAUAAAGAUCCAAUAGGUGGACAUUCAAAAGGAUUUUUUAUUUGGAACAAAGAUGGUGGUAUACAUGUGAUGCAUAGUUUUACAGCAUUUCCUUUGUUUAGAACAAGUAGAAAUGAUGAAACUAUGGAGAAAGGAAAAUUUGCAAAAAAGCCACAAACAGGUGGAUUUAAUCCUGGUUUAGAAGUUUUUAAUCAUAAAGAUAAAAAUUUAAGAGGUAAUGAUAAGAACCCAAAAUUACAACAAGCACAGUAUGCAUAUUGCUAUCCGAUUUCAAAAACAGGGAUUGAAGUUGGUAUCUAUAGACAUUUGGUAUUAACAAAUUCAGUUAUUGGUUACGUUAAUGGUUUGGCGGUCAAUUGGGGACUCUCAUCAUUAGAGUUAACAAAUAUAUUAGAUGAUUUAGAUCCUGCCAAAUUUCCAAGAGUUAGCUUUAUGAGAAUACCUGAUACAAAUGAUUUUCAAAAGAGAAAUAUUCAUUACGAAAAUAUUAAUAUUCGAGAAUCUCAAGUAACAGCCGGAAUUGUUAAAGAUGUUAAAAUAUUGGACCAAAAUGAUAAAUUCCCAUUGUAUGUUUUGGCAAAGCAUGCAUAUUAUUUUUCGGAAUACAGUAAAAAGCAACAUUUAGAAACACUUUAUAACCAAUAUUCAGAAAAAUUAUAUUUUUAUCAAAAACAAUUUUAUAACAAAGAUAACCAAUUAGGGAAAAACUAUAUUAAUGGUGUAAGAAGAUAUAUGGAUCCCAGUAAAUUGAGUUAUAAAAAUUUAAUAAACAUUUGGACAUACAUUUCAACCUUAAAGAUGGAUUUUGGUGGUCAACAAAUUUCACUAUUAGGAAACUUUUAUUUACAAACUCAACAUUAUAAUGACAUUGAAACAGGAAAAGUUACAAAUCUUGAACGUAAAGUAUAUCAAGUUGAAGAUAUAACUGGUUAUGCUCCUAAUAAUAAAAUUAUUACAAGAAAAAAGGAUCAUUCAAAACAAGCUUUUUCAGUUAUUCAAUUUAAACGAGAUUUUCCUGAUGAAGUUGUACCAACCCAACCUAAUCAAUAUGAUUAUAUAUGGUUUUGUGUUGGUGAUAAUAAUUUUAUGGAAAAACAGGCUCAUAGAGGAGGAUCAGUACAUUGUUUCAAAAGCCCAACUCUUAGUAAAUUUUUUUCAAAAAAAGUUUAUUCGUAUUACUAUAUAAGUUCAAGUGGAGAAAGGACAUUUUAUAACUCAAAAGUUAAAGAAGGUAUUAAUGAUUUUAUUUCAAGGUUGGUAAUUAAAGAAAAUAGUGAUGAUAUGGAAAGAAUAAGUAAAAUUCAACAACAUUAUCAACUAACUGGAUCAUCAAUGAGUUUUCCACCACCAUCAGACAAAAUCGAUUUGAAUGUAGAGAUUAAUGGUGGUGGUAAAAUAGAUUUUAAAACAUUUCAAGAAAUGGUUAUAAGAAAAAACAAUCUUUAUACUUUGGAUGCCCCAAUUCAAUUUUGUUGGGAGUCAAAUUUUUAUUAUCCACAUAUUGUUUUUUGUAAAGAUGAAGAUAAUUGUAACAAUUUUCAAACUAAGUACCUUUGUACAGAAAAAAAUAAGAUAAUUUCAUAUUUCUAUGAAGCAAAUGGAGAUGAUGAUGAUCAACAAAUAACUAAAUUUGCUUUAGAAGGUAUAGAAAAACUUAUAGAUCCUUUAGGUCAAGAAGAUGGUUACAAUAUGUUUGAAAUGGAUAUUGCUCUAAGAAUGCUUCUUGGAAAUAUUUAUAACUCAAAUAACAAAGUUUAUUUUUUUAAUAAUAAUAAUAAUAUGUUGACACAACAAUUUAAAACUUAUCAAGAUGUUAUUAGUUUUUGUGGAAAAGAUAUAAUUAUAGAUCAAACAGUGGUUACAGUUCAUCAUAUAUAUAACCGUAGUCCUUAUAGUCCUUGUUUAGACCUUUACAAAUAUUGCCAACAAUUUCGUGAAGGAUUUUUAUUAACUGAUUUAGGAAAGAAUGGAGACAUAUUUAAUUGCAGAGUAUUUGAUAUUGUCGGAGAAUCUUGGAAUAAAAUACUUGCAGAUGCCAAUAAAAUAUCAAAAGGUGCAAUGCGUGAUCAAAUAUACAACUAUAAAGUUAAUUUGUAA